AUGUCCACUGGCAACACUCUCCGUUUCAAUACCAUCGACGGAAUUAUCGCCUCCGUUCCCAUGGCGCAAGGCAAUUACUUACGUGCAGAAGCGAGGAUCAUUGUAGACAUGCUCAAGGACGACAUGACCGCAGAGGAGAGUCAAAGCUGCGCUGCAUGGAAUCAACACGUCGAAAACAGCAAGGCGGGUGGAUCAGCAUGCUACCUGGACGCCGCAGAAAGAUUCUGGAAGUUUGCCGUACAAACCUACCACGGCAUCGCCAACCGUCGUAGCGCUGACGCUGUCAGACCACUGCGUCCCGCAGAGCCUCCUGUCGCACCGCCCCCUCAGUCUGCUCCUGCUCCUGUCCCACUACCGUCGGCAAUGCCGCAACAGCGGCAACAACCAUUUCCCGCCGUGUCUACGCCUGACCCACAUGGACAGACAGCCACUGGCAAUCCCCCACCAUGGUACCGUCCGAGACACACGGCGGUCGCGUACGUUCCGGUCUAG